AUGGAGACCGUGAAACUCGACGUCGCGACGCGCGCGUGGAACGUCGACGGGAGCGCCGGCGCGCGCGCGGCGAGCGGGCUGUCGUGGAUCGCGGAGGCAGAGCGCGUCACGGGACGACGACGGGGACGGUGCGCGUACGACGGAUGCGACGAGGAGGCGGAGCACGGCGGACACGUCUGGAUCGCGGGCGUGUCGACGCGAGGCGCCGACGCGAAGUGCGCGUUGGUGCCGAUAUGCGCAGAUUGUAAUUGGCCGGGCAAUACGCGACGGAUGCAGAACGGGGGGUCGUAUUUGCGCGCGGGCGUGGUGGCGACGGCGGUGGAGAUGACUCCGGAGAUGCUGAACGCGCGGCGACGGUUCGCGCGGGACGAAGGAGACGAGGACGACGGCGAGGACGAGGAAGACGGCGAGGACGAGGGAGACGUGAGGGUGUGUGUUUCGUGCGGCACAGACAUCUCGGGUAUGCCGGCGAACCACACGGUGUGUCUCGCGUGUUUUCGACGCGGAUCGCUGAGCGGCGAUGGUCGUUCGGAUGCCCGUCCUUGUGUUUCGUGCGGCACAGACAUCUCGGGUAUGCCGGCGAACCACACGGUGUGUCUCGCGUGUUUUCGACGCGGAUCGCUGAGCGGCGAUGGUCGUUCGGAUGCCCGUCCUUGUGUUUCGUGCGGCACAGACAUCUCGGGUAUGCCGGCGAACCACACGGUGUGUCUCGCGUGUUUUCGACGCGGAUCGCUGAGCGGCGAUGGUCGUUCGGAUGCCCGUCCUUGUGUUUCGUGCGGCACAGACAUCUCGGGUAUGCCGGCGAACCAUACGGUGUGUCUCGCGUGUUUUCGACGCGGAUCGCUGAGCGGCGAUGGUCGUUCGGAUGCCCGUCCUUGUGUUUCGUGCGGCACAGACAUCUCGGGUAUGCCGGCGAACCACACGGUGUGUCUCGCGUGUUUUCGACGCGGAUCGCUGAGCGGCGAUGGUCGUUCGGAUGCUCGUCCUUGUGUUUCGUGCGGCACAGACAUCUCGGGUAGGCCGGCGAACCACACGGUGUGUCUCGCGUGUUUUCGACGCGGGUCGCUGAGCGGCGAUGGUCGUUCUGAUGCCCGUCCUUGUGUUUCGUGCGGCACAGACAUCUCGGGUAUGCCGGCGAACCACACGGUGUGUCUCGCGUGUUUUCGACGCGGAUCGCUGAGCGGCGAUGGUCGUUCGGAUGCCCGUCCUUGUGUUUCGUGCGGCACAGACAUCUCGGGUAUGCCGGCGAACCACACGGUGUGUCUCGCGUGUUUUCGACGCGGAUCGCUGAGCGGCGAUGGUCGUUCGGAUGCCCGUCCUUGUGUUUCGUGCGGCACAGACAUCUCGGGUAUGCCGGCGAACCACACGGUGUGUUUCGCGUGUUUUCGACGCGGAUCGUACGACAGCGAGUACGACAGCGAGUACGACAGCGAGUACGACAGCGAGUACGACAGCUAA